AUGAAACGACCAGCAGCCUGCGAGGAGAUCGCCGAAAGACCCGCCAAAAAAGCCAAGGAGAACCCGAAGGAGGAAGAGGAGGAUGAUGAGCCACAGGAAGAGGAGCAGCAGGAAGAAGAAGAGGAAGAGGCCGAACAAGCCCCGGAGAAAAGCCCCGAACCGCCAGAGCCGACCGCCAAGCUCGCGAAGGUGAAAGACCGUUGGCGCCCUCGUUUCGAAGCACUGGGCAAGCAGGACCCCCGUUUGGAGCUGGACCAUGGUGUGCUGUCUUCUGACAACAUGAGGUCAUGGACCGUCAGCUUGAACAAGAAAGUCGCCAAGAUCGGAGUUUGGUUUAACCCAUAUUCUGGGUGCUUCUACAUCUACGGUGCACAGCAAGAACGCUUGGAUAUGGUGAAUCAGAAAUACAGAACUGACUUCAUUGCCCGGUACCUAGUCAAUCGACAGUACGGCGCCAGCCUGGGCUGGACGAAGUUCGACUCGCUGGCCAAAGCGCCUGGUGCUUGGCAUUUUGCAGCCGUUACUGAUUUCAGCUGGGAUUGUGAGCAAGCCUUGGACCUAGGUGGGAAGCAGCUUGCUUAG